AUGGCGCAGGCAGAACUGCAGGACUACCAGGUGAAUUUCCAGGUGGUGUCAGGUGGAUUCAACAUUGCCAGUGGCAAGACAAAGGUGUUUAUGAAGGGCGUGCAGCUGGUGACGCUUGAGUCUCUCCGUCUUGACCGCAUGAACCUCGCUGCCACCAAGAUCCAGAGAGCCGUGCGGCGAUUCCUGUGGAAGCAGGAGCGCAAGCGGGCUGCGAUUGUCAUUCAGAAGCACUGGAAAGCGUUCUCUCUCCCUCUGUUGUGGUUAUUUCUCUACUGGGUGGGUCGUCUCAGCGCUUCCUCGCUUCGCCUCGACCGCAUGAACCUCGCUGCCUCCAAGAUUCAGAGGGCCGUGCGGCUCUUUCUCUGGAAGCAGGAGCGCAAGCGGGCUGCUAUUGUCAUUCAAAGCACUGGAGAG